UAGUGUAAAGGUAUUGAAACUUUAUACAGAUGAAAUAUGCUUUUUUUAAAAAUAAAAUCCUUUAAAAGGAAAUCCUGCCUUUUUGGUGAAAAAUUUUACUUUACGAUAAAUUAAAUUCAAAGUAAUAUGUUUUCCCUUAGGCUGAAUUUGUUCUUAUUAGGUGUAGUAGCCCAUGAAAACUGCAAAUCCUUCUUUGUACUGAUUGUUAACAAAAUUUAUGUUUCUGUUGUUUAAUUCCAAGAUUUAUUUUCUAGGGUUUAUAAUGUUAAACAACAUCCAAAAUAUAAAAACGGGGAAUGGACAGAGGAUCAGUGUUUCAGAAAAUUUUUGGAUUCCUUUGACACACCAGAUGAUAAGGAUGGCACAAUAACACUUGAUGAAUUCAUAAAUUAUUAUUCUGGUGUGAGUGCCUCCAUAGACAAUGAUAUGUACUUUGACCUAAUGAUGAGAAAUGCUUACAAGCUGAACUAAUACACCACUGUCACAGAAGAAGAUCUUAAUUCUUCACAAACAACCUAUGAUUAAAAUCACCUUGCUGAACAAACUGCCAUCCUUAUUGGAAAAAAGGUUUAGAAAAUGGUGUUUCAUUUCUUCAAGUUUACUCAGAAGAAAGUUUUUCGGGAUCGUAGUAGUGCAGUUUAUUAUAUUUCAUGACAAUAUUUAGCCAGCAAAUGUAAUAUUCCAGUGCGUUAUUACUGUUAAAUAUGCAAAGAAGAUUAGUUUCAUUUAAAACAAAUAAAGCCAGGUUAUUGGCUGUAUGCUAAAGCUUUUAUGCUUUUAUUUUGAAAACUUUUCCAGAACACUUGUGGAUUAAGAGAGAAACAUUGCAUUCCUAUUCCUAAAUUUUAUGAAAUAUUCUAUUCUGAAGGGUAUUUUUUGUUUUUCGUAUAUCAAUUGUAGACAUGUAAAAUUUUUCCUUCUGUUAAAUUUUGGUUUUAUUUUUAGAAAUACUUUGUAACUUUUAUGUUAAUAUGCACAAUGACUCAACUGGAUUUAUGCAGAAUUUGGAGACCUUUUUGUUUCCUAACACUAUUCAAUUUUAAGAAGAUAAACAUAAGUCAAGGCUUUUAUCUUUGUCAAUAUAUCAGACAAUUUUUCGUGUUUAGUCUUUUUGCUCUGUCGUAAUCUUCAACAUAACCAGUUCUGGAUGGUAGCUACCUUUAGUAAACCUAUUUUAGGCUGUGUUAUUACAAUAAGCAGUCUUUAGUAAAGAACCAUAGGUACAAAUUAAGUGAAAAUAUUUGGCACCCGGAAAAAUUCUAAAGAUAACGCCAAGGAAGCGUUGGAAGCAUUUGUUUCCUAUCACUGCAAAUUACGGCAAUGCGCCAAAGUGAUUUUGAGGGACUGUUGCUGGAUAGAAGUUUCUGCCUUUUUUCUUAGGGGUCCCUUUUGGCUGGGGGGCCUGGGGCCAUGUCCCCCCUGGACCAUGGCUAAAACCGCCAGUGUCAACAUGCCGCGAUUAAAGAGUCAUCUUACUUUGCCUAAUGUUUCCAAGAAUCAUUCUAAUUAGAUAUAUAAUUUUGCCAUUAAAAACCAUCUCUCUCUGUGAAUAUCAUUCAGUGGGUGGACCUUAAGACCCGGUCCGUCCUACAGCCAGCUUCUAGUUGACGCCUUAAUCUGAAUUGAGGGAUGAAAACUUGAAAUUGUUGCGAAGGGUGUCAUAAGCAAAAUCAAAGUGCUUGGCACUUCUAAUUUCAUGUUAGGUCCUCGUUUUUAUGACUAAAAUGGUACAAAACUCAGAGUCAGGAAAACAUUACGGUCGCACGGCCAGUGAUCGGGAGAAGGUCCACGAAAAACAAUAGAAGUUCAGAUGACACACCCAAGCCACGCCCACUUUCUAUUGUUUUGUGAGGAAGGUUUGCUUUCUGCGAUGUUUUUGUCUGGAGGAAGGUUAACAACUUUUCUGGACUCUGGCUUUUUUAUACAAAUUUCCCCUAACGGCAUCUUGCUUCAUCAACUGCUUCUUGGUUUUAACGUCCACUGAACCAUUUCGCAUAAAAGAAUUGAUCGCCAAAAAGUCUGAAAGCUUAAUGUGUUGUCACUGGUUGUAGUAAAUUUGCCGAUAAAAAUAUCUUUGCUUACUGAAGCAGUUGAUGAGGGCUGGAUCAAAGUAAAUGUUUUAAAAACUCAUUUCCCUUUGUCGUCCUUCCCUAACCAAAUACAUCGAAAAUAUAAUAGUUUGGAUUAAGAAUCUACUUCAAAAACUUGAUCGCUUUUGGAUUAGUAGCGUAGCCCAUGCUGCAAGAUUAGUAGAAAGCAAGAGCAAACGAAGCGUGUCUAGCUGUUGUGGGGGGCCAGGGGGCUUCCAGGAAUUUUGUUUAACGUUGCCCUAUGGAGUGGCUCUGCAUUAGAUUAUUGCUCGUCUGAGAAACCUCUAGGGUAACAACUUUCUGACCACAUGGGGAAGCGACUGCAUCUUUGCGCCUUGUCCGCUAUCUAUCUAUGCCAGAGCCUUGACCAAGAUGAUUUAGAUUGAAUCAGCUGAUUCAAAAUUUGGCAGGUUUGACAUCCGUUAUUAAUGUGCACUCCUCCUCCAAACGUCUGGCCAGCCAGAAGGCCAUCUGAGACCCUUGUAGGGAACUAGGGUGAUAGCAUCGCGGGGACAUUAUACGUCGUCAUGUGACAUUCAUUGUAAAAAGACAGACUCGAGGUGUUACAGUUGGGAAUAUAGUUGUGUUGAGUAUAGUUACUGUUUGUUUUCAAACUUGAUAAAGUAAACAUUAAUGCAGCAUCUGGAUUCAUUUCGAUAUAUUCAAAGUAUAAACACAAGGUGUUAUUAUUUCUGGAUUAAAUUCUUGAGUGUAAUUCUCGAUGACGAAUAGGACUGAUUCCCUACAUUUUCUCGGUAACAUUUAAACUAAAGCGAAUUAAAACAUUAAUUUUGGUGCCGUGACCCGGGAACAGAUUUGUUGAAUUUUUGAAACAGUGUAUGUAGCGGUAUACGAAUUGAAGAAAAAGAUUGCUACCUGUACCAGGCAUAUAGACUCGAUGUUUGAAAUACCUACAAGAGGGUAAGAGAUUCACGUAAUAUGCUUAGGCGGCACGCUCAUCAAACAAUUCUUUAACGGAGGUAUCAAAGUUAAAAUUAUUGCAAGGUCAAAAGCAUUGAAUUCAUCGAUUGCCGUUCAACUCUCAGAAAAGGGUAUUGAACAUGAUUUAUAAGACAGCAGUGGCGGCUCUUGCUAAUGGCCAUCUGGGGCAAUGCCCCCUCAAAAAGAUUCAAAGGAAAUCUAUGAUAUUCAUAUUUAAUUUUGAAGAUAGUCUCACUGUGGUUAAUUAUAUAAGUUUGUAUCUCUUCUAGAAAAAGCUCCUUGCUAUUCCGUCUCGUCCUUAGCCUCGCUUCUGGCCCGCUAGUGCCUUGAGCGAUGAUGUCAUUUCACGGGCAAAGUUUUUUUUGCCCCUAGCCGACAUGCGCACAAGCUAAUUUUCGACCUCGAGCAUUGCGAAACGCGGCCUGUGAUUGGCUUAUUUGGAGGAAUUCGGGGCAAGAAAAAUUUUGCCCAUAAAAUGAAAUCAUCGCUAAACAACAACCACAUCUAUAUAUGCUUCUUCUUCUGCGCUCCAUGACGAUCAACAUCGAACCAUGGAUACAGUGAAUAAUUUGCAAACUCGACCUUUCUAUCGAUUAUCGCAAUAUUGAUGGUCUGCCCUCCCAACUGUGAAAGUCACGAGCCGCCACUGUAAGACAGGGAUUGCCUUUUGCUUUCCACAACCCUUAAUGAUUGUUUCAUAGGACAGUAACGAAUUACCUUGAGAGAAAAUGCAUGCAAAAUUAAAACCAGAUGAAUCCAGCUCUAAAUUAGAAAUCUCAUAGCAGAACGAAAAAAACCGAAAACAUGUUUUAUUUAACUCGAGUAUUGGUAGAUCCCGAUCGUCGUUCCAUCUAGCAGUUUUGGAAUCGGUCUACAUACAAAGGAAAAAACCCAUUGUAUAGGUAGAAGGAGUUAUUUCUCUCUUGGACUCCAGUGGUCAAUUUUAUCCAGGCAAGCGACAAUUUGAUUGGGCAGCCUCAACAGUCACGUGCUCACGUUUCUGUUGGCCUAUUUCGAUCAACAAUUGGGAUUAUAUAUUUCCUAGCGUAGAGUUUUCGAUCUAUGUUCCAACGUUUUAUACUCUGAAGAGUGUAAAACGAAAAGCUUAAGUAUGUUCUUUUCAACAAGGGGGAAACUUCUGUUCUCCAUAAGUGAUUGUUGUAUUUUUUUAGGUAUCUGAUUCUAAGUUUAAUCUCAAGAGCAUUUUGCAUACAUAGCAGGACCAAGAUGGUUAUAUUAAAAGGAGGUCCAAGGGCCUAUAGCAAUGCCUUGACAAGGGAAAGAAAAGGGACGAAGAGGAGAGGUAGGUUAGUUGAAGUUUUAUGAUUGCAGGUUUGAAAGAAAGCAAGAUAAAAGCAUCUGGGGAGCAAGAAGAGGGUAAAGCGUUUCAAAGUUUAUAAGAUCUGAGAAGAAAUGAUGAGCAGCUGUGGGCCAGAUCACGUACAUAGCGGCGAUAAGGAAGAAGGUGGAGUGAACUUGCCAAAGUCUCUCUCUUGACAGGCAAGUUGCAAAUAGGGGCCGAAAAAUUAAACCGCGGAGCUGGACUACGAAAGUAGGGGCCCAUUUGUCCUGUGCCCUGACUUAUUCGCCAUUGACAUUGGUUUUCUAAUAGAAAAUUAAAACCACGAUGGAUACCAUUUAACUGUACAACAUAACAAAGAUAUUUACCGUUGGUUUAACAGCGAGAAGAUCGUUCAAACCUCAGAUAAAUUUCCCACAUUUUAUACCGAUUCAAGUGAAAUUCAUAUACCAUAGUCACCUAAAUUGUUUUUACACAAACAACUAAACACUUUAAAAUAUUAAAACAAUGAGAAACUUCAACUGGGGAAAAAAGCAGCUCCUAAUUUGGUUUGGUUUACAUACCAUUAAGGGUUACUUAGCACAUGUUGCAGUAAGCUGCUUUUUUUCUAGCAAACACAUUUAUCUUAUUUGAUCGCACUUUACAGUAUCUAACUAAGGCCGAAUCUGCUAAUGGACAAAAGGUCAGGCUUGAGGAUAUUUUCGUAACGAUUCGCAUUCGCAGUAUUUCGAAGCAGUAAUGUUUUCAUUUCGAUCUUAUUGGCAUCUUGAAGCCGAGCUACAGUGCCGUGGAACGAUGUUUGAAUUGGGAUGGGGGCUGCCCAUUGCAUUGCUUCUUAGUCAGAACACUAUUAUAAAGGAAAUAUAGUACAGUUUGACAUUAUUAGGGGCUCCAGUUCUCCGCUUCCGACUUCCGACGGCCUUGAGCUAGCAACUGGCGCUUGGAAGGUAGAUGCGCUGGUAGCCAUCAUCAAAACAACAGGAAUCUUGAUUAAAUAAGGUGAACCCGAAAAAAAUACUAUGUUACUGUGAUUUUGCACUCUGAAGGUGCAAAGUCAUCUAAAUAUGUUUUAAGAGAAUGAGAGAGAGAUGGUCAAUGAAAGAUUAUAAGUUUGUUAACGAAUUACUGCACUUUUCUAGGUUUAUAAAGUUGGUGAACGCUCGUAUAGGGCGGGAUUUCGGUUUAAUGGGAUUUACGCCAAAGGGUAAAUUUAGCCCCCUUUACACAGCCAAAACCAUCCUCGCAUACCCAGCGGUAAAUCAGCACCCUCCCCCCCUGAAGAAUGCAAAAACAAUAACAAACUAUACGUGCAGCGGCACAGAUGUUUGAUGCCUGUGAAAUCAAUUUCAUUGAUUUUUAAACUUAAAAAUAGAAUUUUUGCGCUGUGCUUGGAAACUAAUAUCGGAAAAACAAUUUACAGUCUGAUCAUAAAAGUUGAAAUUGAUGAAUAGUGAUGCAUUCACUCAAUACAAUGAUCGAUAAGCUAAAACCACGUAAUCACAGAUGAAAGACUCGAGAUUAUCAAACAAACAGAAGGAUAAAUUGUGUAUUUUUAUCAGCUGCAAAGGUUUACGGCUGUAUGCUUUAAUUAAAAAUAUGACCGUGCUUUGAAGGCAGAGACUUGAUAUCCAAUGUGUAAACAACACAAAAAUAUGCACAAUAAAUAUCAUGUACGCUCGACAGUGACUCAUUUGUCUGCCUCUUAUCCAAGUUGAAUAGGAUCAUUUGAAAUUCAAUGUACAUAGCUCCGCGCUUCUGGAGAGUAUCGUUAGAAACAAGCCACACUUGGGCGUCAGUGACGUAAGGAGCAUGCAUUUUAUAUGGAUGAAGCUAGAAAAGUUAUCAUAAAAGUUAAUAAUUAAUUUACGACAGCAGAUGACGCGAGAAUAAGUGCAAGUCAUAAGAACAUGACACUGCAGUGAUUUACAUAAAGCGAGCUGAUCAAGUCUGCGUCUGAUAAAACUAGUCCUGUACAAGAUGGCUUUAAAUAGUACAUUUAGUUACACGACUGUCGUGGAUUUCCCAGCAGAAGUUGACUUUUUGGUUAAAUGUCUCUUCGUUUUGGUAUCAUUAUCAAGCUUUUUCCUAAACGGAUCAAUCUGGUAUGCUGUGCUAAGAAGCAGCACUUUGAAAACUGCCACAAACUACCUCUUACUGAACAUGUGUUUGGCUCAUAUGAUCGGUGCAUUCGGAAUCCAGCCAUUCGUGUUCAUGGAUUAUAUAAAUACCUUCAACGCUUCCCUGCAAGUGAAACAUAUGGUGUGCGCAAUUACAGAUGGCGUCUGGGUUUACUUCGUUUGCAGUGGAGUUGCCCUUGCCAGUUAUUGCGCAGUAACACACAAGAGAUACCUUUCCAUUACAAGAUUCAUUCAACCAAGCUACUUCACAACAAAGUUUUGCAUCAUGCUUAAUGCUCUGAUGUGGUUAAUAAUUUCUGUCGGCUGCAUACCAUUUUGGGUUUCGUACAAGUAUUCUGAAGUUGAACACCUGUGCAACCGUGAAUGGGGAGCUCUCAAUAAACAACUUAGUGCGUCUGUAUACUACGCACUCACUCUGGUCCUGCCUUUGGCAUUUCUCCUGCGCAGUUACAUAGCUUUAAUACUGGCAAUAAAAAAAGCCAAGUCCGUAACCCGCAGUGUCAGUAUGACACGGUCCACUGUUUUGCUGAGGGCAAAAAAAGUUCUUCAAAUGUUGGUUCUUAGUUUCCUAGUCUGCUGGUCUCCAUUUUUUGCCUAUUGGGCAAUGUCAUAUUUCACGCAGAUUUUCUCGCAAAGAAAAGUUCUCAAAUUGCAACUCAGUCGCAUAGCCGUUCUAUUCACAUCACUAAACUGCUGUCUCGAUCCGGUUAUAAACAUCUGGGGCAGUAGGGAGCUCCGACUGGCAAUUGAAUUGCACUGGAAAACGAUCCUUAAAAAGACAAAGUUGCAUGUCAUUGGCAAUUUACUGAGACACUGUUUUUCAACUAGAAGGGGCAAGAUUCGAGUGACAACAGUCAGCCCCUAGCUUGUGU